UGAGUAUCACUGCACUGCAUUCCCAGCCGCAGUGUCUGCGUUGUUUCUAAAACGCACCCCGACGCCGUUCAGCCCUCAUCCUAUCGAUUCUGGGCGCAACGAUCCUUUGUCUUGAUAUGGCCACGUCAACUCAACAUGUUGUGGGAGACUUUGACGGUUUCGCUACCGGAACGGGGCCGCGACUCUGUGUGUCGGUCCCGACGGUUCAACGAGAGACGUCUUCCGCUGAGGCUCAUCGACCAACCUGGACGACUAUCAACGAGGCUAAAGCGAAGUAUCGCAGACCUGCUCGGUUGCCCUCUCACACCCGGAGACCGUUCUAUGCCUCUGACAAGAAGGCUGUCUGCGAGAUGCACAUCGCAAAUCCUAGGAUGACGCACCAGCAGAUCGCAGACCAGUUUCAAGUCAGUCGGUCCAUCAUUACCAGGGUCCUGAAAGACAAGGAGAAAUGGAUGAAGUCCAAGCAUGUGGAUGGUCCAAAGUUUGCGCGGAACGUGAAACGGCGACUGAAAUUCUGGCCAAUCGAUCGUGAAUUGAAACCUUGGCUGUUGCAAUGCAGGAACGAGAAGGUUACCGUCACCGACAAGAUGAUCAUAGAUCGAGCCAUACUGGUGGCAGAGGAUGAGGGUAUGAGAGAGGGAGGCCACUCACGCCAGUUUCGUUGCGGUCGGGCCUGGACUGAACUUGCGAGGGAGAAUGCGUUCGGUUCCUUCCCCCUGGACAUGCCAUUUUGGAUCCAAAUACCUGACGAGCGCGGGAACUACCCAUUACGAUCGCCCCCUUGCAAGGGGAAGUACGACGACAUGGAUUGGGAGAUCAUCGGUGAUUUCGUGCAGUAUACCCCGCGUCCAGCGCCCAUCGAGUCGACGACGUCCGAGUCGCAUGCCCCUCCUGUUUCCCAAACGAUCUCGCCGUCCAGCUCGCCUAGCACAUCCGCUACGCCAAUCGCGACGCCAAUAUCGCCCUUCGAUCCUAUGCAUCCGUAUUGGCGCCGCUCUGGCAGUGACAUCGCAUGGGGCGAUGUUAGUGGGCUUCUUCAAGACGACUGCCAGGACCACACGGAGCCUCUGGGCGAUUUUCGCGCCCAGAGCCCUCAAGAGCAUGUCGUGCAGCCUUUUGUUGUGGGCGGGCCUUCCCGAUCACCGUCGAGACCUGGCCACUCCCCGGCUUACUCACUGGCGACUCCGGGCUCCGUAACAUAUCCUGAGGCAACUGCACACGACCCAUCGGCGGGGGAGCCUUUCCAUGUUCCCUACACUUACGGUGGCUAUCAGGAAUCUUUCCUGAGAGGGUCAAAGGAUUAACAAUGAACAACCUGACGGCGGUCCAGUGUCGAUGAAGCAUGCGCGUCGACCAAACAGCUACGUCAGAGCUGUGUCCCACCGGUGGUCAUCUCGCUCGUCUCUUUCCCCGGGCUUUAGUACAACUUCAUUUCAUCCUCUUACUGCUACCCCGUAUCC